AUGGAACAAGAUGUUAUAAAUUUGAAAAACCAUACUACUCAAUAUAAAGUACUGAAAGAUGAAGAGAUAAAACAAAAAGCCCUGAAGACAUAUAUGGAUAGCGAUGAGUAUAAAAAAGAAGUUGAAGCAAAUGUAAAGGCAGAAAAACUUUUACAGUUGCAAAACCAAACCGUACAGUAUGAAAACUUAGCACAAGAAAGUAAAAAUAACGACGCAGCCAUGCAAAAGGCAAUGAAAAGCGCAGAAUAUAUAAAAGCUAACAAUGACUGGUUAGAUGCCCAAGCCAACGCUAAAGCAGCCCAGCUUAUAGGGUCAAUAAGGACAAAAAUACAAGCGGAUGAAGACAGUUCAAAUGAAGCUUUAACAAAUGCUGACUUUAAGAACGCCUUCGAAGCUCUUCAUAGUAAGGUGAAACAAGUGAACGACUUCUCAUCUGGAAAGAAACUGAAGUCUGAAGGUUUCGACAAAGAGUUAAAAGAAGUAGCACAAAAUAUAACGAAAAUAACAGAUGCAGCAACGAGACAGGCAGUUCAAAGUGCCUAUGACGCCGUUAGAGCAACUGUUGUGGAAAGUCAAGAAAAAGAGUUACAACAGACCAAAACAGACCUAGUAAAUGCUUUCUUAAAAACGAAAAGUCAGGUAGGACACUAUGCUGCAGAUGGAACAUAUGUGCCAGCUGGUGGAACUUAUAUACCAGCUGGUGGAACUUAUAUACUAGCUAGUGGAACUUAUAUACCACCAAACCCUCCAAGAGAAGCACCUGCACCAGGACUACCUAAAACAUUUACAUCGUCACAUGGACACAGACACAGGCAUGCACCAAAACCAACACAACAACCAACAGUUCAAAAUCCAGCACCACAACAACAACCAGCACAACAACCACCUCCACAACCAGCACAGCAACCAACAGUUCAAAACCCUGCACAACAACAACCACAAACAGAGCAAGGACAUAAAAGAAGUAGAGAACAAGGAAACCAAGAUUUCUUAAAAAUGCUUAAAGAAGACUAUGGUUACCCAGAUACUCUUGACUUUAGUGACAGAUAUAAAGAAGCUAUUAGAAAGUUCAAGGAAGGAAAUACUGACCCGAACCUAUUUAGCUUUAUGGUUCAGCACCAAAUGGGAUAUAAUUUCAAACCUGGAAAAUACAAGCUCGCUAAGGGAUAUGAUUUAAUAGCAUAUCAUCCAAAUGACAUGACUGAAUUUACUCCGAGAUAUUUGGUGUCAGAGCUAAAUGACAAUUCAACUCUCUUCAUGAAACGCGUAAAAAAUAAAGACGGAACGAAAGAAGAAAG